AUGGCUUCCAAGAACCCACUUUUGCCCACCAAGGACCAAUGCUUUGCCUUGACGGAUGAGCAAUGCAGAAAAAUUCAAGAUGUCCUCGACCCGGAUGGGACAAGAGCCCAGAAAAGCUGGGAAUUACAAUACCAGCCAGAGCUGAUACGUUUAUAUAUGACUGGGAUGAGCUUCCCACAGAUUGAAUCUACAAUGACGCCAAGGUUGACCUGGUCGUACAAGACGUACUCGAAUCGAUUUAAGGACUGGUGCUUCCCACUUAACCCGACGCAGAGAGAUAACAAGAUUAUACAACUGUAUGCUUUGGUCUCAGAGUCGAGCCCGGCGAACCCAAUAGCUGCACCGCCGCCGAUACAGUCAAGAGGCGUGCCUCCAAUCCGACCAAGACAGCCUCAACCUCGCCAACCACUACCGCCGCUUCCACAAACCUCGACAUCAUUUGAUCAGGAAUUUCAUCAGACGUACGAGCAAAGGCCCCAAAAUGAGAGAAACAGAAGCGCUACUAUUGAAUUCGAUCGAAAUUCUAUCUCUACUAUAGAAACAAUUGCAACCCAUUCAACUUGGGCAUCAUCGAGUGCAGCAUCGAUAUUUUCACAUCCGGAUUAUGCAAGCCAUCGAGACUCAAUCGGAACGGCAAAUUCUUCCGUGGUAAGCCUGGAAAGUCAGUACUCAUAUCGUCAACCUAAGAUAGAACAACCUUUACCGCCUUUACCCCAACCUAAGCCUAUAAAACCGCCACGACACGAUCCCCACAACGGUCUAUGGAACGGGAUUCUCCGAGUCAUACCCUGUGGUCAAGACCACAGUAGUUUGGACGCGUUCGACUCAUUUGAGAGGUGUUCCGUUUGUGGCUUCACUCAGUGGCAUGCUUUGAUGGUCCACGCUCGGAGCAUGGAACGGGAAAACUUUGCCAAUGCUAUGGGGAUGCUCAGUAACUUUAAGAAGGAUGACUUCGCUGGAAACUCUCCAGUCCAUUUUUUGAUGGUUGCCGGAGUGGAGAUGGAUUAUUUUGCUCGAUUGGUCCGGCAGAAUGACAACACAAACCAGAAGAUUUUUGGCACGAAUCAGAACGUUUUUGGUCAAAAUCCUCUUCACGUCCUCAAUCCACGGGGCUUUGGAGAGGAUUUAAUUCCCUUCUUAGAAUGGUUCAAACCUCGCAGAGCUCCACCCGGUCUCUUGCUCACGCAGAGAGACAUUUACGGUCGGACGCCAUUACAUGCUCUGCUCCAGCAUCCUCUUCCCCGAAAUCUCUACCCGAAAAUACUGGAAGUAUUUCCUUUCUUCGAGCACCAGCUUCGUUCUCUCGAUAUCGCUGGGCAAUCGACCAUUCAAAUGAUGAACAACGCCUCCCUCAGACUCCGCUCCGAAUCGGAAUCAGACUACCUGAAAAUCCAAGACGGCAUAAUAGAUAUCGAGCAACUCCUCGCCGAAUCCGUAGAGGGCGAUCUACCAAAAUACGGCUUCAACGAUAUAGCGCGAGGAGCUAGGGGUGAGAGUUGGUUUGGCUUCUUCGAAUGCAGAAUCUGCAACCGAACGAACGCGCACUCGAAUUCCUACGUCGAUCAAAUGAAGUGCGCCUGUGCACAUGGUCGAGACAGAAAUGCACCAGACGAGACUGGUCUCACGCCAGCCCAUGCAAUCGUCACCAAAGAACGUUCCAACGCCAACCGCGCUCACGAAACCGCCACGCAAACCGAGGAGCUCUUCCGUAUCCUCAUCCCCCAAGCUGACGUUACGCUCCGUGAAGCCCUUCACGUUCUAGACCCCGAGGGCAACACUCUAGUGCACAACAUCGCUACGCGCGGAUUCGACAAGCUUCUGAAAUACGUGCUCGAGCUGGAGACCCCGGGGCGGCGCGUGUCGAUGGUGAAUGCUUGUACCAAAGGCGCGGAUGGUAAUGAGAAGAGUGUGUACGAAGCCGUGGUCGAGAAGUUGAGGGAGCUGAAUGAGAGGAUUCGUAUUAAUCGGUAUACGGAGGACAGGAGGAUUAAGGAAUUCCUCGUGGAUAAUGGGAAUCGGUUGCAGAGGUGCAAGCAUCUUUUGGUCCAGGCAGGUGCUGUGGGCAACCCGAGCAUUACGGUAUGUUCACAGGUCCCUCGAUUGUGUUUGGGGGGUACGCUUCCAGUACUAAUUUGUUGGACAGAAGCGCUGGCGGAUCUCUGGGUGACGCGUCAGAACUCCUGGUAUCCUCAACAGUGUGUUCCGUCCUAUCCCUUACGCAAACUUCCCGGUAUGGUCUGUGGAAUGGAUUCCUCAUUCACCAACGCCUUUCUUUUCUUAUGUCAGGAGGUUCAAAAGCGAGCGAGCGAGCGUCGUUUUAUAUAG